AUGGAUGGUCCUGUUAUCGCACUUGUAUAUAAAGAUCACGCGAAUUUUACCGAAGAGGAGUUCGGGGCAUUCGAAGAAAAUAACGCUCAUAUAUUUUUAUUGAAACCUUCAUUUACGGGUGAGGAUAAAUGUUCAUUGACCCUUGCAGCUCAUUGCAUCUAUGGAUUCUGGCAGGAUCAAUCGGAUGACGAAUCAUUUCAGAAUACCGAGGAUCCAUAUGGAAUUGUCGGAGUAGUGUAUCGUCCCUUAUACGAGUCAAAUAUUAGGAUGGCUUGUUUUCAUGAAAAUCUGUCACCGUCGAAACAAAGCUUCGCGUCAAAGAUUCCGGGAUUCUACGCGAGAGUGACCACAUGCGUGAUGAGGUCUCGUGGGCAGGACACGUUGAUAGGAACCGAUCAAAACCAAGUUCUAUGCUUCAGGGGUGAUGACGCAAAACCGAGGGCGGAAGUUCAAUUGGAUAAGCGCAAUGCAGGAUCCGAGUUCACGUUGAUUGUUCGGAUCGUAGAUGGGAGACACAUUAUUUUGGAUGCCGAGAGUGGCAAGAUCUUAUACGAAAUUCAGACAGGAUUUGAACUCGUUGCCGGAGAGUUUUUGCAUGACGGAUUUGAAGUCAUAAUUAGGCUUCCGGGUUCUUUUAAUUGCGACCCCUCUCAUUGGGAGGUAGUUGAUGUCCGGGAGUUCGGGGCGAGUGCCGUGUCCUCCGACGAGCCUUACGGUGAGAUACGAGUCACGGAUUCUUCCCAUAUGAGUUCGCUCCUUGAUUCACUUAGUACAAGGGUACACGACGGAACCGCUCAAAUCAGAAAAAUCGAAGAAACUUUAAAUCAGAAACAUGAUCUCUUAUCUCAUUGUGAUUCGUUGCUUGAGAGCUUCACCAACACAUUCGCAUUUAAUAGCAUACAACAAACGUCCCUUACCAAACGAAACCUGCGCGUCAAUCGACCCAUUGAAAAAUUGAUACCCUUACUCUCCGACACUCCGAUGAUGGUGUCAUCGGAUGAGAUUGAUGGUUACCUGCCGAGGGAUCGAAUGGAGCUUCAGGUGUUGGAAGCGAGGGCGGUUUGCGCGAGUAUAAAUCAUUUCGAUAAAAUUUUUUUGGACAUCUCGAUUGUAAAUAACGUCGGUAAGGACCUCUACGCUAUUCAUUUGGUGGCUUAUCCCAAGAACGUCUCUCGUGUUUUCUCAUCCAUGAUAAGAAUACAUUCCCCGUACAUUAAUGUGCUUGCGGCCGGUCAGAGAGAGGAUAUAUUCACCUUGAUUGAUUUGCCGCUCGAUCCUCUCUUAUGUGGUUUGGAGUUUGGUGUGAUCAUAUGGUACCAGACCGAGAGUUCAACCGCGGAUAGAAAUCACGACGAACAUGGAUGGCACUCGAUAUACAUCGAAAAGAUUCUGUUAAACAACAUGAUUAAAAACGGUUUGGAUAAAUUUCAUCCAUCCAUAACACACUUGAUUAUUGGCAACCCAAUUUCUUUACAUAAUAAACCGUGGGACCUGACGAUGCUCCCUUUCAUACUGGAACAAUAUUUGGGAAUGGAAUCGGAUUUCUUGGAAGUGAUGGAGGAAGCAGGACGCGAAUGUGGAGGAGUUGGUGGUAAGACUAUGGCUGUUGAUGGGGAUGACAGAGACGAAGAGGCAGAGGCUGAUGAAAUAGAUAGUUUAGUAGGUGUAGAUGGUAAACUGGUGAUUUUAUUGUUCAUAGGUUUUCUGAAAGAAAUCGGUGUUCUACAGAGUGGGCUGCAAGGGAAGGGAAAAAAAAAAAGAAAAGAAGUUUGA